AUGACGCGCAGAAAGUCCCGAGGCAGAAAGAACAAGGCACUGACCCGCGCUGCAGCCAUCAGCGACGACGAGCAGUCCGACUUUGGCGGCGACAUCAUCGUCCCCGUCAAGGAGACCCGCGGAAAGAGCCGAUCGGUCGACAUUGCGGAUGACGUUAGUGACACUAAGAGCGACCUCGACAUCCCCCAGGUUACCGGCGAUCUGAAUGGCAGUGCUGCCGCCAACGGAGACGAUGACGAAGACGAGGACGAGGAUGACGAGGACCUCGAGGCCGACGAAUAUGUCGUUGAGAAGAUUCUCGACCACCAGGUCGGCGAUGAUGGACUGGUCAACUUCAGAGUAAAGUGGGAGGGCUACGAGAAGAAGGCGGAUCAGACCUGGGAGCCAGAGGACUCGCUGAAGGAGGGCGCAGCCGAGAUUCUGGAAGAGUACCUCAGAGCGAUUGGUGGCCGCGAGGCACUAUUCGAGCAGAAGACCAAGGCCAAGACUACCAAGAAGCGCGGCCGCCCUGCUGCUUCAUCCACGCCGCCAGCGACCACCAAGAAGUCCAGACGCAACGGCCACCCGGCCGAUUCGACCCCUCCCGCCUCCGCAGUCGCCGCCGCCAAGGCCAAGCCGUGGACAUUGCCCAGCGGCAGCUGGGAAGAGGAUGUUGAGAGCAUUGAUGCAUGCCAAGAUGAGGUUUCGGGGGCGCUGGUCAUCUACUUGAACUGGAAGAACGGCCAAAAGACGAAGCACCCUACCGAGGUGGUGUACAAGCGAUGCCCGCAGAAGAUGCUCCGCUUCUAUGAGAAACACAUCCGAAUCGUCAAGUCAGAGCCCGAGGCGGAUGCUGAUAACCAUUUCCCUGAGAAGACUGCGCCAGAGGCUGAGAUGUGA